GGCGGGACGGGGAAGGGGAAGAGGAGGCGGCCGGUCUGCCGGCGGGGCUCCAGCUCCCGCAGCUGAGGUUGGGAGCUGUCUGCGAAGUGAUUAUUUUUACUUUAUUUUUUUAAUCCCCGAGGCAGAUGGCUGGCGUGGAAGCACCACCCGUCUCCGCUCUCCGGAUCUGUGCCUGGCUCCUCUCUAGCUUCUUGGGACUCGGGAUCGUCGCGCUGUGAUGUGUGCCGGGGAGGACUCGGCUGCCAGAAGCUAUGUGCCUUCUACCAACUUAUUGCUCAAGUUUCUCCCCUAUAUCAGAGCCUUCUGGCUGCGGAGGCUCUCACUCCAGCGGAGGUAUUUGGAUCAGGCUUGGGUAACCAUUGACCAAGCUGUGGCACUGGGAUCACCUACCCAACCUGGAUCUCACCGCAUUUUGGACAUGACUGAGCCUGUUCAGUGGGCCCGAUACCACUGGCAGCGCCUGAUGGGCGGUCCGAACAGGGGCGAGGAUGAGAGGCCGUACAGCUAUUCCUCGCUGCUUGCCUGCGGGAGCAAGUCCUCUCAGACCCCCAGACUGGCAGGCAGGCACCGGGUUGUGGUUCCCCACCUCCAGCCCUUCAAGGAAGAGUACGAGAAGUUCUCUGGAACCUACGUGAAUAACCGAAUACGGACGACAAAGUACACGCUUCUGAAUUUUGUGCCAAGAAAUUUAUUUGAACAAUUUCACAGAGCCGCCAAUUUGUAUUUCCUGUUUCUAGUGGUCCUGAACUGGGUGCCUUUGGUAGAGGCCUUUCAAAAGGAAAUUACGAUGCUGCCUCUGGUGGUGGUCCUUACAAUUAUCGCAAUAAAAGACGGCUUGGAAGAUUACCGAAAAUACAAAAUUGACAAGCAGAUCAACAACUUAUUAACCAAAGUUUACAGUAGGAAAGAAAAAAAAUACCUUGAUUGCUGCUGGAAAGAUGUUACUGUUGGGGACUUUAUUCGCCUUUCUUGUAACGAGGUCAUUCCUGCAGAUAUGGUCUUACUCUUUUCCACGGAUCCAGAUGGGAUCUGUCAUAUUGAGACUUCUGGGCUUGACGGAGAGAGCAAUUUAAAACAGAGGCAGGUGGUUCGGGGAUUUGCAGAGCAGGACUCUGAAGUCGACCCUGAGACAUUCUCCAGUCGGAUAGAAUGUGAAAGUCCAAACAAUGACCUCAGCAGGUUCCGCGGCUUCCUAGAACAUUCCAACAAAGAACGUGUGGGUCUUGGUAAAGAAAAUUUAUUACUUAGAGGAUGCACCAUUAGAAACACGGAGGCUGUUGUGGGCAUUGUGGUUUAUGCAGGCCAUGAAACCAAAGCAAUGCUGAACAACAGCGGUCCCAGGUAUAAGCGCAGCAAAUUAGAAAGAAGAGCGAACACAGAUGUCCUCUGGUGUGUUCUGCUUUUGCUUAUAAUGUGUUUAACUGGUGCCUUGGGUCAUGGAGUCUGGUUGAGUAGAUAUGAAAACAUACCCCUUUUUCAUAUCCCUGAGCCUGAUGGGCAUGUCAUAUCACCAGUGUUGGCAGGAUUCUACAUGUUUUGGACCAUGAUCAUUUUGUUACAGGUCUUGAUUCCCAUUUCUCUGUAUGUUUCCAUUGAAGUUGUGAAGCUCGGGCAGAUCUAUUUUAUCCAAAGUGACGUGGAUUUCUACAAUGAGAAAGUGGGUUCUACUGUCCAGUGCCGAGCCCUGAACAUCACAGAGGAUCUUGGGCAGAUUCAGUACCUCUUUUCUGAUAAGACAGGAACCCUCACUGAGAAUAAGAUGGUUUUUCGAAGAUGUAGUGUGGCAGGCUUCGAUUACUGUCAUGAAGAAAAUGCCAAGAGGUUAGAGUCCUAUCAGGAAGCUGUCUCUGAAGAUGAGGAUCUUGCAGACACCCCCAGUGGCUCCCUUGCCAAUAUGGCGAAACCGAGGGCCCCCAACUGCAGGAUGGCUCAUAACAGGCCCUUGGGAAGUAAAUCCUCAAAUCAUCUUGCUGGGAGCUGUUCUGCUCUAGGAAGUGGAGAAGGAGCCAGCGAAACGCCUCAUUCCAGACAGGCUGCUUUCAGUAGCCCCAUCGAAACAGAUGUGGUGCCAGACACCAGGCUUUUGGACAAAUUCAGUCAGAUUACACCUCAGCUCUUUGGCCCAGUGGAUGAGACUCUCCCAGAUCCACCACAGGACAGUUUGUACAUCAUUGACUUCUUUAUUGCUUUGGCAAUCUGCAACACAGUAGUGGUUUCUGCUCCUAACCAACCACGACAAAAGAUCCGACUCUCUUCACUAAGUGGAAUGCCCAUUAAGUCUUUGGAAGAGAUUAAAAACCUUUUCCAGAGACUGUCUGUCCGAAGAUCAAGUUCACCAUCUCUCGCCAGUGGGAAGGAGCCAUCUCCUGGGGCCCCGAACGCCUUCGUGAGCAGGCUCUCCCUCUUCAGCCGGGUGAAACCGGCCUCGCCUGCGGAAGGAGAGGUCUCCCAGACAGCCGGGAGCCCGCAGGGCCCUGGGAGCUCCGCUUGCCCUCCAGAAAGAGAGAAACAAAACGGUGAUGCAGGCAUCGCCAACGGCAAGGUGGACGCCCUCCCUGGACAGCCCUUGACCUCCAGUCUGUGUUAUGAGGCGGAGAGCCCAGAUGAGGCGGCCUUGGUGUAUGCCGCCAGGGCUUACCAAUGCACUUUGCAGUCCCGGACACCAGAGCAGGUCAUGGUGGACUUCGCUGCUCUGGGACCAUUAACAUUUCAACUCCUACACAUCCUGCCCUUCGACUCAGUAAGAAAAAGAAUGUCCGUGGUGGUCCGGCACCCCCUUUCCCACCAAGUUGUGGUGUAUACGAAGGGUGCUGAUUCUGUAAUCAUGGAAUUGCUGUCCGUGGCUUCCCCAGAUGGAGCAAGUCUGGCAAAACAACAGAUGAUAAUAAGGGAAAAGACCCAGAAACACUUGGAUGACUAUGCCAAACGAGGCCUACGCACUUUAUGUAUAGCAAAGAAGGUGAUGAGUGACACUGAAUAUGAAGAGUGGCUGAGGAAUCAUUUUUUAGCUGAAACCAGCAUUGACAACAGGGAAGAAUUACUGCUUGAAUCUGCCAUGAGGUUGGAGAACAAACUGACUUUACUUGGUGCCACUGGCAUUGAAGACCGUCUGCAGGAGGGAGUCCCCGAGUCUAUAGAUGCCCUUCACAAAGCCGGCAUCAAGAUCUGGAUGCUGACAGGGGACAAGCAGGAGACAGCUGUCAACAUCGCCUACGCAUGCAAACUGCUGGAGCCAGAUGACAAGCUCUUUAUCCUCAAUACCCAGAGUAAAGAUGCCUGUGAGGUGCUGAUGGGCACAAUUUUGAAAGAACUUCAGAAGAAGAACCCAGUCUCUCCAGAGCAAGCAUCUUUAAGUGAGGAUUUACACCAGCCUUCCGCCCCCCGGGACUCAGGGCUGCGGGCUGGGCUCAUUAUCACUGGGAAGACCCUGGAGUUCGCCCUGCAGGAGAGCCUGCAGAGGCAGUUCCUGGAGCUGACUGCUUGCUGUCAAGCUGUGGUCUGCUGCAGAGCCACACCCCUGCAGAAAAGCGAGGUGGUGAAAUUGGUGCGCAACCAUCUCCGGGUGAUGACCCUAGCCAUUGGUGAUGGUGCCAAUGACGUUAGCAUGAUACAAGUGGCAGACAUUGGGAUAGGGAUCUCAGGUCAGGAAGGCAUGCAGGCUGUGAUGGCCAGUGACUUUGCCAUUUCUCAGUUUAAACAUCUCAGCAAGCUCCUUCUUGUCCACGGGCACUGGUGUUAUACACGACUGUCCAACAUGAUUCUCUAUUUUUUCUACAAGAAUGUGGCCUAUGUGAACCUCCUUUUCUGGUACCAGUUCUUUUGUGGGUUUUCAGGAACAUCCAUGACUGACUAUUGGGUUUUGAUCUUCUUCAACCUCCUUUUCACAUCUGCCCCUCCCGUCAUCUAUGGUGUUUUGGAGAAAGAUGUGUCUGCAGAGACCCUCGUGCAGCUGCCUGAACUUUACAAGAGUGGCCAGGAGUCAGAGGCAUACUUACCCCUCACCUUCUGGAUCACCUUGUUGGAUGCCUUUUAUCAAAGCCUGGUCUGCUUCUUUGUGCCUUACUAUACCUACCAGGGCUCAGACGUUGACAUCUUUACGUUUGGAAACCCCUUGAACACAGCUUCUCUGUUCAUCAUUCUCCUUCAUCUGGUCAUUGAAAGCAAGAGUUUGACUUGGAUCCACAUGCUGGUCAUCGUUGGUAGCAUCUUGUCUUAUUUCUUCUUUGCCUUGGCUUUUGGAGCCAUGUGUGUCACUUGCAACCCACCCUCCAACCCCUACUGGAUUAUGCAGGAGCACCUGCUGGACCCAGUGUUCUACCUAGUCUGUGUCCUCACAGUCUGCCUUGCUCUUCUUCCCAGGGUUGACAAACUGUGACUCACAGAUCAAAUCUGGCCUGCUGCCUGGUUUUGUAAAUAACGUAUUAUUGGAACAUGGCCAUGCUCAUUAAUUACUGCCUGUGGCUGCUUCUGCUCUACGGCACAGUUGAAUAGUUGCAGCAAAGGCUGAAUGGCUUCCAAAGCCUGCAAUAUCACUACCGAGGCCGUUGGAAGAAGUUUGCCAACCCUGAUCUGUAACACCAUCAUCAAGCACAACGGCCACAAACUUUUUUUGCUAAUGGACAUCCCUUCUAGAAAUGCACAAGGAAACCCACCUGAGUCAUUCUGCGGUGGUUACAGUCGCAUACUUAACAAUUUCUCUCAAACGGAAGUGCUUCUGUAGUGCUCACUGUUAUUCCCAGCUCUAAGAUUUAAAAUACUGACAAGAUGAACUUGUAGAAUUUAUGAAGAAACAAAGUUAUAGCCUUCAGAAAUUUCUUCAAGAGUAUUACCAUUAAAAUUCUAAUAUUGCUGGGGUAGGCUGAAAAAAUGACCCCCCCCCCCAAAAAAAAAAGAUAUCCAUGUCCUAAUCGUUAGGACCUAUAAGUAUUACCUUAUGUAGCAAAAGUGGCCUUGGCAGAUGUGAUUAUGUUAAGGGUGUUGAGAUGGGGAGAACAUCCUGUAUUAGCUGCGUGGGCCCUAAAUGAAGUAGCAAGUGUCCUUAUAAAAGAGAGGCAGAAGGAGAUCUGACCAGAGGAAAGAGGAGAAGGCACUGUGACCAGGGAGCCAGAGUUUCCUUCGCCAUAAACCCAGGCAUGCUGACAGCCCCUGGGAGCCCGAAGAAGCAAGGAGUGGAUCUUCCAGAGGGAGCAUGGGCCUUCUGGAACAUUCAUGUUGGCCCAGUGAAAGUGUUUUCAGAAUCCCCAGCCUUCAGAACUAUGAGAGAAUAAAUUGUUGUUGUUCUAAGCCGCUAAGUUUGUAGUAACCUGUUACAGCAGCCACAGGAAACAAGUAAGUUUUGCUGCCAGGAAGAUGGGUGCUGCUGUAACAAAUACUCAAAAAUGUGCAAGUGGCUUUGAAAUUGGGUACUGGACACAGACUGGAAGAAUUUUGAGGCACGUCAUAGAGAAAUAUGGGACUUCCUAAACAGACUAAGAUAGAAAUAUGGACAUCGGUGCUUGCUGGUGAGGACUCAGAAGGAAGUGAGAAAGCAUGAUAGGGAAAACCUAGAAAAUACAUAUAUUAUCAUAAACAGGACAUUGCUAGAAAUGUGAGAGUUAAAGGCACUGCUGGCGAAGACGCAAAAUGAAAUUAGGAACAAGUUAUUGGAAAUUUAAGGUAAAUGGAUCUUGGCAAUAUGGCAGCAGAAAAUGUAGCGGAAAAACAUUACUAAUAUGUGGAAAGCAGGCUUUAUAAAUUUUGAACUUGAUUAUUUAGCGGAGGAGAUUUCCAAGCAAAGUGUUAAAGGUCUGGCCUGGUUUUUUCUUGUUGCUUAUGAUAAACUGUGAGAGAAAAGAGAUGAAGGAAGAUCUAUUGAAGUUAAAAGGAAAUAGAUUUAGGAAAUCCUCAGCCUACCCAGAUUUCGGAAGUUGCUAAAACCAGGAGACUGAUUCUUUGGAGUAUGCUCUAGAGAGGCCAAGAGUAUGGCUGGACGACCUUUUGCUAGAGAUUAGGAGUGUGACUCAUGGAUCCCUCUACCACAGUGGUUCUCAACCUUCCUAAUGCUGCGACCCUUUAAUACAGUUCCUCAUGUUGUGGUGACCCCCAACCAUAAAAUUAUUUUUGUUGCUACGUCAUAACUGUAAUUAUGCUACUCUUAUGAAUUGUAAUGUAAAUAUCUGGUAUGCAGGAUGUAUUUUCCUUGUUACAAAUUGAACAUAAGUAAAGCACAGUUAUUAAUCACAAAAACAAUACGUAAUUAUAUAUGUGUUUUCCGAUGGUCUUAGGCGACCCCUGUGAAAGGGUCGUUCGACCCCCAAAGGGGUUGCGACCCACAGGUUGAGAACCACUGCUCUACCAUCUCUACAGCCUUCAAGAGAGGAGAUGGGAUUAUACAGGAAAGAUCUGUGGAAGACCCUCUUAUCUAAUGGCAUAGAUCCCCAUGACAUACACUGGUGACCCACAAGGCUUUUGAGAAUGCUCUAACAGCAUAAAUACUGCCAGCUGCCGGACGAGUUUGUGGUAGUUUGUUACCGUAGCUGUGAGCCAUUCAUAGCUAACAUUUUUUUUGAACACUUGCUAUGUGCCAACACUCUGCCUGCUUUACUUGUACUUUCUUAUUUAACCUAACAUUACACCUAUGAUGCAGCACUGUUGGUAUCUCUGCUAUUGUCCAUUUUUGUUUAUUUGUUUAACAAGCACUCAUAAGGCACUCACUACUUCUUAAGUGCUUUACAAAUAUUAAUUUAUUUAAUAUUGUCGUCAUUUCUAUUUUAUAUUUUGCUUAUCCUCCCCCUUUACCCCAAGGGGGCCACCAGACCACCCUUCUACUAGUUCUAAUUGGUGAGUAUUUUUUGUGUCCUCUGAUGCAUUUGAGGUGAAGGUAAUUCC